AUGAUGAAGUUCGCACAUUUUGUUUCGCUGUUUCUUCUCUGCGUUUUGAUGGUUCAUGCUGUCGAUGGCAGAAAACACCACCGUCACAUGAAACGAGGGAAGGAGCGAAUGAGGCCAGAGGAGGGUGCGAGAGAGAUCGUGCCUAAGUUAGUGCGAAACACCAACAAAGCUACAGAUGCUGUCCUUGACGUAGUCAAAAAUGAUAACAAGGCUACUGCUGAGAACAAGGUGCGGUAACUAGGCAAAAUUCCUGGAAACAGUGUAGGAACAGUAAAAUUGCAUCAUGUGUAGAUAUUAGAGAACGCUUAGUCCAAAUUCUUCGGGGAACUGUCUUCGAAAAUUGUAGGACUUCGACUUUGAAAACACAGGUUGAGCAUCGGAAGAAUUGUCUUUGUUUAAAUUAUUUAAAUAUCAGAAGCCUAUGUACAAGUUUUCAAGUGAAUUGUUGCAUGAUCAGAUGAAAAAGUUAAUUUCCGAGGUUAAAACUUAGAAAUUAAAAAUUUCCUUCCUUUGAGCCAAUUGCUUACUGAACUCAUUGCAAAAGCCAAAGAUGUAGAGUCUCAUUUCACGACAAAAGUUCAAUAUGCCGCUUGAUAACUUCGAGGCCCAAAACUGUUUUAAGAAAAGUUUAUUGAACUAGUAUAAUUUUAAACCUGAGAUGUGUUGUGAUGCACUGCAAAUAGCAGUUAUAACGAAAAGAAUUUGUGAACAGCGAACGCUGAGUAUCGCUUUGUAGUUUAAAAACUUCAUGCUGCGAUGAUGCGAAGUUGAAAAGCUCACAAUUUACACAUAAAAAAUUCCUUCGAACAGGACAGCUCCCGCCAAACAUGAGGCUGCUGAAUAAUGAACAGAUAUUAUGACAUUUUAAAAACAAGGUUUAGUUACAAAUUGAACGGUAGAAUCCUUGCUCGAAUCGGAACAAUUGCAAAAAGCGAUUAGUAAUAUCAGAUUGUGUAAUUUUGACGAACGACAUAUUGCACUGUUUUGCUACGCAAGGGAGAUUAGAUGCUGGCAUAAAUUUCCUCCAGAAUUCGCAAAAAGUAUUCGUUUUUGCCGCAAAGUUUUUUUUCUCAAACAAAUAACACCACUUCGGUAAACAAAAGUAAACCGCAGAUAUUUAUGAAAUAACAGAAACAAGCUUGUAAGCUUGAUUGCCAUAGAGUGGCCUGUAUACUUAAAUGUACGAGAUUGUCUCGAAACAAUAAUGUGGAUUAACGCCAUCAUUUGAAUGAUAAAUUCCUCAAGUUUUUUUACAUCAAUGACCGACAACAUACUCAAUACAACUUUCUGAUUUGACUCGACAAGCUAAUGCGCGACUUAGUACGAGUCUUCUAUAUCUGAAACAGCAAACUGACUUUUCCUUGAAUAAAGACAUAUUUCGUCAUACAAUGCCUAGGCGAUAUUGGAUAGUCACUUUUAAGGAAAGCAAUAUCUCUCAAUUUGUUUUUACCGAAACUAACUGCGUUUUACGUUGAACUUUUUAUCACAACGUCUAUGAAGGUUUUUUUUCAGAAUAAGAGUUGUGUAAUUUCAGCUCUUUUAAGAGAAUUUAAUGAACGUGAAAUUUUUGCAUAAAUAUGAACAGAUGUUGUUGUUGACUGUUUUUGUCUGUUUUCGUAUGCAGUGGCGUAAUUGGCCAUUUUUUUAAUGUUUUAAUCUCGUUAUAUUAGUUCUUUGUUAUUAUUUGCUCUUUCUCAGUACUCUUUAGGUUGCCUUUUCCUGUUUUUUCAAUAAACUCGGUCAGAAAUCAGUUUCGGGAAAAACAAGGGCGGAUUUGUGAAACUUUCGAGAAACAAAGCAAUUAGCAAAUAAUUCAGAUCACUCCUUAGGGACAUUCUUUUGCGUCUGAAAACCUGUUAUCAUCCAAAAGUAAAGCCCUUGAUGGAAACUGCUGAAAAAAUUCUUUCCACGCAAUUGUCAUAAUUUUUUCGUAAAAUUCAAGAUUCCUACUAUACCGUAGAAAGCAGAAUAGAGCCGAAUAGAUCGGCAAAGAGUGUCCGCAUAUGCUAAUAAUGUUUGGCUCCCCACCAUCUUACGCACGCACACAAUUUCUCUUUGUCUAUUUCAAGGGGCUUGUCGAAACAUCAUCUAACCUGUUUGAAAAUCGAUAAGAAGCAUGUGCUGUUGCCAAUUCUAAUCUACUGAGCGACUGAAAACUUUAUAGUUAAUAAUUAAGAAAACUACCCCUUGAUUAUUUCGUGCACAUUUUAUGUAAAACGCAAUAAUUUGCGGCAACCGGUUUCUUUUGCUGUGAAAAUGACAGUCUGUUGUUGUUUGUGAUCGAAGGAAUGCAGUAAACAAAUUCAUAAGGAGAUUUUGCACAAAAAAAAAUUCUAGAAAUUGUUUUUGUCCAUUAAUAGGGCAACUAUGCAUUUACAGGAAUCAUGCAAAGUGGAUUGCGAUGAUAGUAGUCAACAAGGUGGUCUGUGAAUAUUUCAUGUGUAGUCACCUUCUUUUACAGAUAAGCACUGAGGUCAAGAAUUCUCGCGGACUAGAUCCUAUCACUAAAACGUAAACAUGCAUAUUUUGCAGGUGCUGCCUCUGAUUAAACAAGAUACAGCCAUAACAGCUUCUGACGUCCAAGUAGAAGCAGAAGAACUUCCCGUCCAAACAAAACACCGCAGAGGCCGUAAGGGACGCGAACGGUUUGCUUUCCGCAAGAAGGACGAAGGUUUUCACAAGCACAAACGCGGCUUCCACAAAAGGCAUCGUGGCCACCGGAAGCGUGGCCACCCAAAGAUCAAUGAGGAAAACUUGAACAUCAAGAACUUGGGCAAACUCAUAAAGAGAGCGAAGCAUAUGGGUAGGAAGCAAAACCGCGAGCAACUGAAAAAAGACAAUACACAUUAA